CUGCUGCGGUGAAUGGACUCAGUGGUCAUUGAAGAUGUGGCCGUGGUCUUUACCCAGGAAGAGUGGGCUUUGCUGGAUCUUACUCAGAGGAAACUCUACAGAGAUGUGAUGAUGGAAACCUUCAAAAACCUGGUCUCAGUAGUCUCUCGAAAUAUUAACGAAGGAGAAGAGUCAUCCAGUGAACAUAUAAUGAUGCAGUUCGUGAAGACUAACACUUGGUCCUCCAUGUUAGGAGAAAUCUCUGAAUCAUGUGGCAGUAAAAAUCAGCAUAAAAACCAGGGGAGACAUUUGAGAAGUCACCCAGUAGACAACCUCUCUGAAAAUAAUGAAGGCAAUGCGUGUGGGAAAACGUUCAGCUGGAUUCCAAAUCUUACUAUGCUAAAAAGAAAUCCUCCAGAAGUAAAUCCUUUUGAAUGCUGUGAGGGUGGAAAAGGCUUCAUGGAUCACUCAUCACAUAACCAUCAUACCAGAUCUCAUACUGGAUGCAGGACCUGUCAGUUUAAUGAACGGGGAGAAGCCUUAAGUCAUCCCUCUUACCUGAUCACUUCUAUGAGAACUCGUAAUGGAAAGAAACCCCAUAAAUGUAGAGUAUUUGGGAAGGACUUCAUUUGUAUUUCAACCCUUAAGAAUCCUGUGACAACACUCACUGGUAAGAAAGACUAUAAGUGUAAUGAAUGUGGGAAAGAUUUCUGUAGUUUCUCAUCCUUCCGGACACAUGUGAGAGGUCAUAAGCGUGAAUGUAAAGAAUACUGUGAAACUUACAGUCUUCCUUCAGCCCUCAUUUUACAUAAAAAAUUUCAUAACAGAGAUAAGCUUUAUGAAUUUAAGGAAUGUAGGAAAGGGUUUAAUCAGGCCUCAUACCACACUAGACUUACAAGAACUCACAGUGGAAUGAGGCCUUAUGAGUGUAAGCAGUGUGGGAAAGCCUUUAGUCGUUCCUCACACCUCACUUUACAUAUAAGAACUCACAGUGGAGAGAAGCCUUAUGAAUGUAAGGAAUGUUGGAAAGCCUUUAGUGAUCCCUCAGCUCUCAUUACUCAUAUGAGAACUCACACUGGAGAGAGGCCCUAUGAAUGUAAGGAAUGUGAGAAAGCCUUUAGUCAAGCCUCAACCCUCACUAAACAUAUGAGAACACACAGUGGAGAGAGGCCUUACGAGUGUAAGCAAUGUGGAAAAGCAUUUAGUCGUUCCUCACACCUCACUUUACAUGUAAGAACUCACAGUGGAGAGAGGCCUUAUAAGUGUAAGCAGUGUGGGAAAGCCUUUAGUUAUUCUUCAGCUCUCACUGUGCAUAUAAGAACUCACAGUGGAGAGAGGCCCUAUGAAUGUAAGCAAUGUGGGAAAGCCUUUAGUCGUUCCUCACGCCUCUCUUUACAUAUGAGAACUCACAGUGGAGAGAGGCCUUAUGAAUGUAAGCAAUGUGGAAAAGCCUUUAGUCGUUCCUCAUACCUCAUUUUACAUAUAAAAACUCACAGUGAAGAGAGGCCUUAUGAAUGUAAGCAAUGUGGAAAAACCUUUAGUCGGGCCUCAUACCUCACUAUGCAUAGAAGAACUCACAGUGGAGAGAAACCUUAUGAAUGUAAGGAAUGUGGGAAAGCCUUUAGUGACGGCUCAUCCCUCGCUAAACAUAAAAGAACUCACAGUGGAACGUCACCUUAUAAAUGUAAGGAAUGUGGAAAAGCCUUUAGUUGUUGUUCACAGCUCACUUCACAUAUAAGAAUUCAUAGUGGAGAGAAGCCUUAUGAAUGUAAGCAGUGUGGGAAAGCCUUUAAUUAUUCGUCAUCUCUCACUUUGCAUGUAAGGACUCACAGUGGAGAGAGACCUUAUGAAUGUAAGGAAUGUGGGAAAGCCUUUAAGAGUUCCUCACAGCUCACUUCACAUAGAAGAAUUCACAAUUGAGAGAUACCUUAUGAAUGUAAGGAAUGUGGGAAAAUCUUUCGGUCUUCCUCACAUCUUACUACACAUAGAAUUCAAGUGGAGUUGCCUUAUGAACGUAAAGAAUAUGGGAAAGCCUUUAGGUGUUUCUCACACCUCAGUCUUACAUAUAGGAACUCACAGUAGAGAGACUAUAUAAUAAAUGGGAUGUUUCAUUUUUAGUGCUAUAAUUUCAAAGAGCAAAUUUCCUAAAGUCUUGGAUUAAAGAGCAAAGUUUCUCAGUAGCUAAGAAAAUAAUACUCAA